CGCGUGUCAACGCUGGCCACAUGCUAGACCAGCUGGCCAGGCAUGACGAGAACGCCUACGAAAUUGUAGCCAGUGAAAGGAGGCCGCUCGAGUUCCUCCUUACCCCUAGAGAGGCGCCACAUGAUUCGCGAUCGAUGUCGAAGGUGAACGAUUACGGCAGAAGAUACGACCAACACUUUCCCACCCGGGAGUACAUCGAAACGGCGUUGACCGAACCGGUGAACGAGCUUCAGAAUUACAGCAGCAGCAGCGCCAACAGCCUCGACGAUCUCUGUCACGGGCACCAGCGAUUGCCCAGCGAUUACAAUCGUGGCGACGACUCGAGCACCCGCGAUCAUUACAUGGUGCCCACCCGUGACCCACGGGAGCUAAACGAGAGAAUACUGUCGCUGUUCAAUCCACAGUUCCUGCCGAACUUCAACGACAUGAUCAUGUAUGUGGCGAACCAGUACGACACCAGACGAAGCCCGCCGCCUAGGUCGCGAUCGAUGGCCGAUGGGGAGGAUCGAUUGUUCAGGAGUUCGAGCUACCGAAAGAAACGCGUUGGCGCCAGCUCCAUGUUCUUCAGGCGCGGACUGACGUAUGAGGCGGCGCGCAAGUGACACCGGCUGUCUCUUUUCGGAUUCAAGCAAAGGAUAAAGCGUUGGGUCGAUAGAGUAA